AUGAACAAGAUUAAUCUUCAUCGUUAUGUCUGGCUUGAGCUUUAUGGAUACCUUCUACACCUUUUAAUCCCAUUACAGGGCCUCGAUCUCAAGAUCGCAGAUGUUGAAAGCGGCACGGGCAUUGUCCUCACGGACUUUAGCCGCCGCCUCCUGCCAUCAGUGCAACUGGACAGCUUCGACAUUUCAUCCAAAGACGACCAUCCGCAAGAAUGGUUUAUUCCCAACAUGAAUCUCAUUCACUAA